AUGCUGACAAGGGUGGAAGCCUCUGCUCGUCUGGCUAACGCGCAUGAAUUUAUCAUGAAUCAAUUGCCUGCCGGUUACGAGACCCGGGUCGGUCAGGGUGCAGAUUCAAUAGCCGGACUAAGUGGUGGUCAGCGUCAGCGGAUUGCGAUAGCUCGUGUCCUUCUCAAGAAUGCCCCGAUACUCUUGCUGGACGAAGCAACGUCUGCCUUAGAUGCGGAAUCCGAAGCACAAGUCCAGGCCGCUUUAAGCACAGUCAUGAAAGAUCGUACUGUACUGAUUAUCGCUCAUCGAUUGAGUACCGUGCGUCAGGCAGAUCUGAUCAUUGUCAUGGCAGGUGGUCAGGCGAUCGAGCACGGGACUCACGACGAUCUGAUGGCCAAACGCGGUGCUUAUUACGAAUUGGUGUGUCGACAGGAAAAUCGCGAUCUGCUUGAAUGA